CGUGAAUAGUGACCACUUUUCCAAUUUUACAACCACCGCAGCCAUGUCUUCCUUCAUUGACGGCAUAUUUGGCUCAGAUCAGCCCAAUCCAAGCACGCCUGCUUCGAGUGGGCUUCCUCAGGCGAGGAGGAGAGUCGAUCGCUCAUCAUCAAGACCAAGGGGUCCGCCAUCUGAGAGCGCCGGCGCCCCGAGUGAGAUCGACGGCUUCCAUGACGACGAGAUUGUUGGUGCCAGAGGCACAAUUCCAAGGCCUCGAGGCCCCCCAGGCGAUAUCCCCAAGGUGGUUGACAGGUUAGGGGAGGCACUAGUGGGGAUUUUCGAGACAUUCCUUGAGAACUACACAGAAGACCCAUCCUCGUCGGGUGUGCCGACUUCUAGUGUGUUAGGAACAGAUAAAUAUUACAUCGCUCAGAUACAUGGGCUGCGCACAUAUGGCCUCUCGACGCUCUAUGUUGAUUUUAGACAUAUUAUGCGGUACAAUGGCGGCGAACUAUCGGAUGCCGUUCUGGGACACUACUACAGGUUCUUACCGUAUAUGACACGCGCGCUGAACAACAAGAUUGCCGAGCAUGAGCCACAGUACUACCGUCAGCACAGGCAACCAAACUCGAACACUUCUGCUGCAUCACUGGCAGGCAAUGCAGACACACAAGCCUCAGAUAUGGCAAAAGACACAAUUAACCAACCUACGGACAAGCUGUUCACGCUCGCGUUUUACAAUCUGCCUUUAGUCACCCGUGUUCGCCAAUUAAGAACGAAUCAGAUUGGCCAUCUGCUUUCAAUAUCUGGAACCGUGACAAGAACCUCUGAGGUUCGUCCCGAACUCUCCUCUGCAACGUUUAUCUGCGAAGUCUGCAACACGGUGGUACCCAACAUUGAGCAGACUUUCCGCUAUACCGAACCUACACAGUGCCCCAAUCUGACUUGCGGCAACCGAACGGGCUGGAGAUUGGAUGUCAGACAGAGCACAUUCGUGGACUGGCAAAAAGUCCGUAUCCAGGAGAACAGCUCCGAAAUUCCUACUGGAAGCAUGCCUCGAACUAUGGAUGUCAUUCUUCGAGGUGAGAUGGUUGAUAGAGCUAAAGCUGGCGAGAAAUGCAUUUUCACCGGUACAUUGAUCGUCAUUCCCGACGUUAGUCAAUUCAGAGUUCCAGGUACACGUGUAACUGCAACAAGAGACAAUUCCGGAGCUCCAAGGGGCGCUGAUGUUGGUGGUAGUGGCGUUACUGGACUCAAAGCGCUCGGCGUUCGGGAUCUUACAUAUAGGCUUGCUUUUAUGGCAUGUAUGGUCACGCCAGACACGUCAACACCAGGUCAGAGCACGGCACAGCUUAAUGGCCAAGCAGAUAACAUCCUGGCAUCUCUCGGACAGUCCGUACCUCUAGACUCCAGCACUGGCGAAGAAGCUCAGGCCGCGUACCUUGCAACACUUUCGCCAGCAGAGAUCCAAGACUUGAGGGAUAUGGUUCACAUGCCGAAUAUUUUCAUGCGACUGGUUGACUCCAUUGCACCUAUGGUUUAUGGCCACCAGGUAAUCAAGAAGGGUCUUUUAUUACAGCUGAUGGGUGGUGUGAGCAAGUCUACCAAGGAAGGUAUGGCUCUCAGAGGAGAUAUCAAUAUCUGCAUAGUCGGUGAUCCAUCUACGAGCAAGUCACAAUUCCUCAAGUACAUCUGCUCCUUCCUACCUCGGGCUGUAUAUACCUCAGGCAAAGCUUCUUCAGCGGCAGGUCUUACGGCUGCUGUGGUUAAAGAUGAGGAGACUGGCGAAUUUACCAUUGAGGCAGGCGCACUUAUGCUGGCAGACAAUGGAAUAUGUGCCAUUGAUGAGUUCGAUAAGAUGGACAUUGCUGAUCAAGUCGCGAUCCACGAAGCAAUGGAACAACAGACAAUCUCAAUUGCCAAAGCAGGCAUCCAGGCUACUCUUAAUGCACGAACAAGCAUUCUUGCUGCAGCAAACCCAGUUGGUGGCCGAUACAAUAGAAAGGCUACUCUCCGAGCGAACAUCAACAUGAGCGCCCCAAUCAUGUCGCGAUUUGAUUUGUUCUUUGUGGUUCUGGAUGAGUGUGAUGAGAAUAUCGAUCGUCAUCUCGCGGAGCACAUUGUUGGUGUCCAUCGUUUACGGGAUGAUGCCGUACAGCCGGAAUUCAGUACCGAGCAGUUGCAGCGUUACAUCCGCUUUGCGCGAACAUUCCGUCCAGAAUUCACACCUGAGGCGAAGGUAACCCUUGUUGAGAAGUACAAAGAGCUUCGUGCAGAUGAUGCUCAAGGUGGCAUUGGGCGGAACAGCUACAGAAUCACCGUGCGUCAACUUGAGAGUAUGAUCCGUCUCAGCGAAGCUAUCGCAAAGGCGAAUUGCGUCACCGAAGUCACCCCUGAGUUUGUACGUGAGGCAUACAACCUGCUCCGUCAAUCAAUCAUCUCCGUUGAGAAGGAUGACGUUGAGGUCGAAGAGGAUGAUGUACCCGGUGAUUCCCGAAAUGGUGAGGUAGACCAAACCAUGGAGAAUGGUGUGAACGACAGAGCAGAAUCAGUCACACCAGCACCAAGGAAAGAGAAGACGAAGAUAACGUACGACAAAUAUAUGAGCAUUCUUAACACGAUGGUAAGACGUGUCAAUGAAGAUCAGUUGUCAGCUGAAGAUGGUGUUGAGGAAGAGGAAUUACUUGUGUGGUACUUGGAGCAACGUGAGCAAGAGAUAGAGACUCAAGAGGAUCUUGAAACAGAAAGAGACCUAGCCAGAAAGGUUCUAAGAAGGAUGGUCAAGGACAACAUCCUCAUGCAAAUCCGUGGCGAAGGCUUAGCAGAUGAAAACGGUCAGCCACUAGAACAGGGCAAGGUUAAGUACGUUCUGCACCCUAAUUGUGCAGUCGAAGAAAUGGGCUGAGAUGGUUAUUUGGAUAUGGAGUUUAAGCGAUUAACGGAUGAUGUAAUUGAUACCUGUUAGCAAAGAAUAACGAGGCAAUGUGAUGGAAAAUGGCGCGCACGAAGUCGGUGCAUUGGCUGCAUGACAGCAAAUCGCUUAGAUUAUUUAAACGCAUUUCGCAAUCUAGAUCUCGUCUUCGAC